UCCCAGUGGGCGGUAUUCACUCCGCCGGAACCGUGAGCUUAAUCUGUCCAAAAGCUUGCAAUGGCUCUGGUACGUACAUUUGCUUGCAAGGAGGUGCAUCAUUCGCAGCAGGAGAGAAAGAGUUUUAACACUGUCUUCCACGAGGGCAGGUUGAGGUUGGUGGACACGAGCUAAGUAGCCCACGAGACUGGAGUACAGGUGGGAAUGACAACUGAGGUUGCAGGAGGGCGCAGUGCUGUUUUUGUUUACGGUCCUCCCAGAUAUAGUUUUUUUUUUCAUUCAUCAUUCCUUAUUACUCCAAAGAUGACUGUCUCUAAAUCUAAAGUUCUGUUAGCAACAGGCAUACUAGGACUGCUCUUGACAAUCUUCGGAAUACUUUGUUUUACAUUUGGACAUGAAUUGAUUAAAGAUCAAGUAAUUAAGAAUGUAAAGAUCGAUCCCAACAGUGGUAUGUCUUAUACUAUGUGGCGGGAUAUUCCAGUUCCAUUUUUUAUGUCAAUUUACUUCUUAGAGGUUCUGAAUCCAGAUGAGGUUCUAAAAGGAGAAAAGCCAAUGGUUCAUGAAAGGGGUCCUUAUGUUUACAGAGAAUACAGACAGAAAAGUAAUAUAACUUUUCAUGAGAAUAGUACAGUAAGUUAUCGGGAGUAUCGCCGCUAUUAUUUCUGGCGCAACAUGUCAAUAGGAGGUGAAGACGAUAUUGUUUGUUUACCAAAUAUGCUUGUUCUGGGGUCUUCUAUACUUAUGGAAAAUAAGUCAUAUCUCAUGAAACUGGCUAUGAGUGCUACUUUCAAAGCUUUCGAUGAAAAGCCAUUUAUAAAGAAGACAGUUGGAGAGAUUUUGUGGGGCUAUGAAGACCCACUUGUUGACUUCCUGAACAAGUUUUUUCCAAACAUGAUUCCCUUUAAGGGAAAGUUUGGCUUUUUUGCACAUUUUAACAAUUCUGAUAGUGGUGAGUUCACUGUUUUCACGGGAGAUGAAGAUAUUGAGAAAGUUCACAUGGUGGACACAUGGAAUGGAAUGAAAACGGUAAAUUACUGGAGGAGUGAUGGGUGUAACAUGAUUAAUGGAACUGCAGGACAGAUGUGGCCUCCCUUUCUAACUCCUUCAAGAACACUUCAGUUCUACAGUCCUGAUGCCUGCAGGUCCAUGGAGCUGGUGUAUGAGCAGUCUGGAGUAAGUAAUAGUAUUCCUGUAUAUCGAUACAUAGCUCCAAAGACACUCUUUGCUAAUGGAACGGAUUACCCUCCAAAUGAAGGCUUCUGUCCCUGCAGACAGUCUGGAAUCCUGAAUGUUAGCACUUGCAGAUUUGAUACUCCCAUGUUUCUCUCUCACCCUCACUUUUAUAAUGGCGAUCGCUCUCUUGCUGAUGCUGUAGAUGGUUUGGACCCUAAUGAAGAGGACCACUCACUCUUCAUCGAUCUUCACCCUAUGACUGGCAUUCCUGUCAACUGCUCAAUAAAACUGCAGCUGAAUUUGUUCAUGAAAAAAGUAGAAGGCAUAUCAGAAACUGGUUCCAUUGCUCCAGUGGUAAUGCCCUUAUUUUGGUUUUCAGAGAGUGGAUACAUUGAUGGUCCGAUUUUAAAAACAUUCUACACCAACCUUGUCCUUCUUCCUGCUCUCAUGGAUUACAUGCAGUAUAUUUUACUUGUUGUAGGUGGCCUGCUGGUAUUAAUUGCUAUCAUUCUCGCAGUGAUCUAUAGGAAAGAGGUGAGAGAAAAGUCUUCAAGGCACUGGAAACAAAGUGGAGAAUCUGCUGUGUCCGAUACUGCACCAUUUCUGGAAGAUAGUUCGAUUAAUAGAAGUCCUACACCUUCUAAUAAAACCUAAAUGUUUAUUUUUUCAGUAUUUUUAUGGCAAUCUGUAAUUAUUCAACUUUGUGCCCAUAAAAGAAUGCUUCCAUGCCAAAGCAAAGUACAGCAAGUAAUGACAUUUUGCUGUGGGCACAAUAAACAGUGUUUAUUAUUUGUAGCAUACACGUUUACAUUGUAGGCCUAAACUAAUUCUUUGUACAGUUUCCUAAUUUUAUAGGCCAAGCCACCUCUGUGACUGUUAGCAUCUGUUCUCUAGUUUCUGGAUCAGAGAACCCAGGAACUGGAGGACUAAGACAAUCUACAGAAACAUUUCUUGAGCCAGGCUUAAGGGAAGCAUUCCUGCACAGUGGUUAAAAAAGCUUGAAUACCUUUGAAAUGUUCUUCCUAGUUAACUGCCUGCCACCUUUUUUUAAAAUUGCCCUAAUGUUGUAACACUUGUAAUUGUAAAGCCAGAAAAAAAAAUAACAGCAUUGUUUCCUUUAUUAGGUUAAACAGCUCACCUAAUGCAUGUAUAUUUUAGCUAUGGUUACCUGGUAAGGCAGUCUACUGAAAUGCUGAUUCAAAAUUGGAACAAGCACAUCUGUACCCCAGAAGUGUUAUGCGUUAAUAGACAAAGUAUCUGGUAAGACAUUGCACCCGGACAUUUUUUUUUCAGAAAUGACAGCAGGUGAAACAUAACAGCAAAGAACAUAAGUCCAUAAUCGGGAUGAAAAGUUAAUUGUGCUACCAUGUCACUGGAAGGUUACUGUAAUAUUACACACACGCGCUUUUCAAUUGGAUGGCACUUAGUCAGUGGGUUGAGAAAAUGUCAGAUAAAGGGUAUGACCAGCAAAACAAACACAAGUCACUGUGUUUUAUUAAUGUGACUGCUAAAACAUAACACUGAGGGAGCUUAUUUUUUAAUGCUAACUUGUUCCAAGGUAGUCCAUCACCAAAUUCAGUCCACACCACCUUAUAUUCUUUUUGUUGAAACUUCUGUUAUGUUUGUUUCUGUAUACUUGUGCCCAGCUUAUUCUACUGUGAUAAGACCCUACUUUGAAAGUCACCAGAGUACAUCAGUAGGUUUAAUGCAGACAACUUGACAUCUUCCUUAGGGAGAACAUGUUCUAUUAUUUUUCAACAAUCUUUGCCACUGGGUGGGAAUGCAUCUCUUUGUAGUCAAAGGUGUGUAGCAAAAGUUUUUUAUAUUGUCUAAGGAUUCCUGUUUGUGGUGCCUUACUGGAAGAAAUGUCUUUGCUUUAAUGAAGUAACUGCCUUUUGUAUUCUAUUUUUGCACUAGGUUUUUGUAGACAAAAAUGCGUAUUACUCUGUUUCAAGCCAAGCUUUUUACUGAGCUCUAUCACUUCCAUACCAUAUAAUGGUUUUGGUGGGGAAUAACAUUUUGUUAUAAAAAUUUUCAGGGAUGGCAUGCAAAAGACAGACAUGUGGACAAGAUUUUAUUCUGUUGUAGAGUACAACUUGUGUCAUGUCAUACUUUUUGUAUUCUUAUGAACAGCAUAUGCGAAAGUUUAGCUGCUGGAAACAAUGUCUGUUUUUCUACUAUUUUAAUCAAUCAUAAUUUCUCAGGGACAGCUCUAUGUGCCACUGCAAUAUGACAAUCUGCUUUGUAGUACAGGCUGAGAGGUUAGAAGAUAACAAUAUAUUUUUCAGGAAAUCAACUUCUGAAACAGCAGUAUAGAAUUUUCUUGAUAAUGUACUACAGAUUAGUUUUGGGUGCCAAAUGUCAUAUCCUAUGCAUCAUGAAAAUUAGUACUGAUCCAUAAUGAAACCCGCAGUUUUACUUGGAGAAGGGGGAUAAGCAGCUUUGGCCAUAUUGAGGCUAAAUCCAGUGGUUGUUUUGCUAAGUAGAAGGACACUUCAUAACAGACGAAUAGAUUUUUUUUCCAUAUUCUGUAUGUUGGACGUAGGCAUGCUACUCAACAUCUACUUACACAAUUCGAAUUCUUAGAAGAUUAUAGUUUAUUCCCAACAUGCCUUGUACUAAUUGUAUCUACUGUUUUAGUUACCUAAAUAAAGACUGUUUAUUAUUGUAAA